UAACCCUCUUCUUCCCUCGAAAGUAGAAAAUCUUGCUUACGUGAUAUCAACGUGUCGAAAACUCGGAAUAAUAAUCGUUUUACGAGCUGCAAUAAUUGUUAAUUCGAUGAAUAAUAUAACUGAUAAAGUUUACGUAUUCGAAGGGCAAGACACUAUGCUAUUGUUACUCCUUCUCAUGAUUCUUCUAUUUAAUUCUUAUGCGAUUGAAGAAUCUUCCGAAUUUUCAUGGAAAACGAAUGAUAUUCUUUUGAAAUUCAUCGAAGAUGCCACUUUUCAUCUUUUUCCACCAUCAAGAAUAUCUGCACGUUUAUGUCUUUCUAAAGACGAUAUAAUCGGCUUAUCGAAAGAGAUGUCGAAAAGACAUUUGUCCCAUGAUAUCCGAAAUGAGUUCGAUCGGCUCGAUUCUAAAAUUUAUGAUAAUUUAGAACACAGAAAUUUGUAUAUUAUCGAUUUUGAUUGCGAUCGUGCGAUUGACAUCUUAAACGAGGCAAAUUUUAAUAGAAUGUUCGUUGCUCCGACAAAAUGGUUGCUUUUGAAAGAUGCAAGGACAAUUUCAGAUACGAAGGAUCUACAAUUUAUAACGAAAACUUUUCGAAAUCUUACUGUUUAUCCGGACAGCGACGUUGUUAUAGCACGAAGGAUUAAAAAGAAUUUUUUACAACUACUAUCGAUAUAUCGUCCCAGUCCGUAUCGAGAUGUCAUUUUAGAGGAUCGUGGAAAUUGGUCGUUUACAAGUGGUAUCGUUAUGAAAAAUUAUGAUCCAGCAUCCCGCAGACGAAGAAAUCUUCAACUUACGCCGCUUAAAUCCUGUCUCGUGAUGACAGAUCCAGACACGAUCAAUCAUUUAACCGAUUAUCAUAAUAAACAUAUAGAUCCAGUUACGAAGGCUGGUUAUUCAUCUGUACUUCACUUGGUGAAUCGGAUGAAUGCAACUGUAACUUUCAAUAUAGUAAAUACAUGGGGUUAUCGCGAUGAAAAUGGAUCGUGGAAUGGUAUGACCGGCAUGUUGCAACGUCGUGAAAUUGAUUUCGGAGGAACUGGAACUUUUUUUAUGAAAGAACGAAUAGGAAUAGUUAAAUAUAUACAACUUUACACGCAUACCGGAUCACGUUUCAUAUUUCGACAACCAUUGCUUUCGACAGUAAGCAACAUAUUUGUCUUGCCUUUUCAUCGUUCAGUUUGGAUAGCUAUUGGUAUCCUCAUUCUUCUCAUUAUUACUUUGCUCUUUAUAUCUAUGAAAUGGGAGUACCAUUGCGGAGCUUCAGCUAAAUCUGCGAUGUAUUGGAGACAGAUGAAUCCUGGCAAGCCAACUCUUGGCGAUGAUAUAUUGGUUAUUCUUGGAGCGUUUUUCCAACAAGGAUAUUCUUAUGAACCGUACCAAAUUCCUUCACGUAUAGUCACCCUAAUGUUAUUGAUAGCUGCAUUGAGUCUGUACACUUCCUACACUGCAAAUAUAGUUGCUCUGCUUCAAUCAACGACAAAUUCUAUUCAAACGGUUGCUGAUCUUUAUAAUAGUCCAUUGAAAUUAGGCGUACAAGAUGCUAUAUAUAAUAGAUACUAUUUUAAAUCUUUUAAGGAUCCGAUAAGAAGGAGACUCAUAGAUGAAAAAAUUGAACCAAAGGGUAAAAAAUCUUCUUGGAUGCCUAUUGAAGAAGGUGUUCAAAAAUUAAGAGACGAGCUCUUUGCUUUUCAUGGUGAAGUUGGUACCGUUUACAAAAUAAUACAAGAGACUUUUCAAGAGGAGGAAAAGUGUGGUUUAACUGCUAUCAAUUUUUUAAACGUACUUUAUCCACUUUUUAUCAUUCAAACACAAUCUCCGUAUUUGGAAAUUUUUAAAAAUAGUGCUUUAAUAAUACAAGAAAGUGGUUUAAAAUUUCGAGAAGAAAGACGUUUAUAUACAAGAAAACCCAAAUGCGAUGGUCACAUGAGUUUCAUCAGCAUAGGAUUUACUGAAAGCCACUUUGCAUUGGUGACAAUGGGAUAUGGCAUAAUUCUCACUUUUUUUGUACUAAUCAUGGAAUUACUGUGGCAUAGAAUACAAAAAUCGAAAAUGAAAGAUAUUACGGAAGAUAUGGAGGCAAUUGACAACGACAGUGAAAUCCUUACUAAUUGAAAAAUUAUUGCCUAUAUUUUCCCUUGAAUUCAUUAUUAUUUGGUAAUUAGUGCUCUAACUCUAUAGCGAUAUAAAUAAUUAUAUUAUAAAAAAGAAAUAUAAAAUAAUAUAAAUACAAAAUUAACAUA